GCUAGUUACUGCCGAGGACACGACCGCGUACACUUGGGACGUUCACACCAUCCUCAAAGAAGCUGGCCUUGAGGACCUACUUUCUAUUGGUUCCAAUGUUGUCACGGCACCAGAGAGACGGGAACAGGAACAGACAGCACCUCAAGAUGAUGAUUCAGGAAUACAGCACACACCCCGCUCUUCGCGAUGUCCUGGCCAAUUUGACAAUAUAGAUGAACUCCCGCCAAUGCUUUUUCACGGCAUGGAAGCCCCUCAGCCCUCCUCAAUGGAUAGUUUACACCCAAAUUCCUCUGCAAAUGCAUUCCUCGCUCGCCUUUUCUCGCUCCUCCGCCGCUUUCUACCCGUCAAUGACGAAACGACUGAACUUCCGCAACCUUCACGGCCUUUGGCGGUCCAUCUACAUGCACUCCUCGCUCGUCUGUCCUUACUCAUUCACCGCUUUUCACCUGAAAGUGAUGCACCAAAUGAACUUCAGCAACCCUCGGGCCUCCACGUCUUCCCGGUUAGAUCCACACGUGUUCCUGGCUCGCCUUUCCUCACUUUUUCCCCGAUCUCAACUCAAUACCGACGAAGAAGUCGAACAUCGUCCAACAAUGCCUUCGAGUUCAUCUCCAGAUGGAAGGUUCAUCAGCCGGCUAUAACUUUCGCAACGCCCAAGUCGUCCUCAUGUUGUCGACGUGGCUGCAGUGCGGGACAAGCAGAGUUUGGUUGUUGCUCGGGGCCAAAUUUUAGGAAAGCAAAACGAGCAUACGAGCAACAAACCAAAUCCCACGCCCAAGCUCAGGCGUCAUCAUCGGGCACUCAGCCUGCCCAUGCUUCAACGUUAGCGACACCUUCUGUUCCAG